ACUGUGCGGGUGCCGACUGGCGUGUAGCUACGCGACGCGACUCGUACCUGUCUCACUCGGCUCACCGGGAACGGGAAACAUUAACAGUAAAAAUGGAAGACGAAGACCUUCAGCAAUUCUCACUGCGCUGGCACAACCACCAGAGCAGUGUUGUGGGCGCUCUGGCCCGGAUGCUGAGCUCCGGUGCUCUGAGUGACGUCACGCUCAGCGCCACCGACGGCGUCUCGCUGAGAGCCCAUCGGCUGGUACUAGCGGCGUGCAGUGACUACUUCGCCACAAUAUUUAAGGAGGUGGAGGGUGAGGGUGGGGGUGGUGGCACGGCGGUGGUGGUGGAGUGUGGAGGGCGCGAGCUUCGUGCGCUGCUCCGGUUCAUGUACACAGGCGAGCUGCUGGCUGCGAGGACUGACCUGCCGCCACUUCUGCGCCUGGCUCGCACGCUGCACGUGGCUCCACUCACCGAGCCGCAUGUGAGCUCGACAAUAUCCCAAACGAAUCCAGUUAUGAAGGAUGCUGGAACUAAUGGCCAGCCUACGACACCUCCUCCGCCCUCACCCAUUCCUUCACAAACUAUCCCAGCUCCGGGAUCUGAACGUCGCCACAUCUCUGAACACCCAGCCGUUGAUAACACUAAACAGAGGAAACUGCCACAAGACAACGGAAACAACACUUCAAAGACUGACAGACUGAAGAAGCUCGACCAGAUCGUUCAGAACCUGUAUAGCUCGCGGCUCCCGCCCGCAGUCGCAGAGACGCCACCUAAUCACACGUCCGCACUCGCGCAGAUUCCGCCCUGCCACACGCCUGCUGAUCGCGUGGGCGGCGAGGCACAGUGGCGGGAGCGCACGCGACGUUCGGGCCCCGUCGGGAGCACCAUCGGGGGUGCGGUGUGUGGCGUGUGCGGCAAGCGACUUAGCAACCAAUACAACCUGCGCGUGCACUUGGAGACGCACGACGCACGCCGUCACGCCUGCCGAGCCUGCACGCACGUGUCGCGCUCGCGGGACGCGCUGCGCAAACACGUGGCCUAUAGACACGCGCACCCGUCACGCUGACGUGACGCGAGUCGCUCGUUUGGCUGUCAGCCUAGCGAAACUAAGAUAAAAAACUAAAUGUCAAUUUUAUUUUUACUCAGGCAGACCUGCCUCUUAUUACGUAGUAUUUACAUCCUCUUUGUUGACUGUUACAGACACCUCGUACGGUCUCACAUACCAAUAAGAUUACCGUUAAGUUUUUAAAGAAAGAACAGGUUAUACAUGAAUAACAGCACUGUGAUUAUAAUGUAAUACUGUAUUUUGUUACAAUAAUAUAUUCAAUAAAAAAUACCUACUUAA